AUGGACGCAGUCCAAGCUCAUUCCGGCGGUAUCUUCUUUCUAUACGGAUAUGGUGGCACCGGUAAAACUUUCGUAUGGAACACAUUAUCAACGGCUGUUCGACGGAAAGGAAACAUAGUUUUAAAUGUGGCAUCAAGUGGUAUAGCAGCCCUCCUACUACCGGGAGGCAGAACAGCCCAUUCAAGAUUUGCAAUUCCGCUCAACCCUAUGGAAGACUCCAUCUGUAAUAUCAGUGCCGAUAGCCCCUUGGCAGACUUAAUAAGAGAGGCUAGAUUGAUUAUUUGGGACGAGGCGCCAAUGAUGCACAAGCAUUGUUUCGAGGCAUUAGAUCGAACAAUGAAAGACAUAAUCGGGGGAUCAAACUCAAACAAGCCGUUUGGAGGUAAAGUGGUUGUUUUUGGAGGAGAUUUUCGUCAAAUCCUCCCGGUGAUACCAGCAGGAAACAGGGAGGAAAUAGUCAAUGCUUCCCUAAAUCAUUCUUUCUUAUGGGAUAAAUGCAAGGUGUUAAAACUCACAAAGAACAUGCGUCUGCAUAGUGGACAAACCGAGCAGGACAAAGAGGAAAUCAAAAAAUUCGUCAACUGGAUAUUGACCGUUGGAAAAGGAACGGCAGAACAUCUUAAUGAAAAAGGAUAUUUUGAAGACAAGGCAAUUCUGGUUCCCACAAAUGAGGAGGUGGACUCGAUCAACGAAUACGUACUAUCGAAGAUAAAAAGCGACGAGCAUACGUACUUCAGCUCAGACAGCGUCUGCCCGUCAGAGUUCAUUGACGAGUUCCAACAGUCUUUGUACGCACCCGAAAUCCUAAACGGGUUCAAAGUUUCAGGAAUCCCUAACCACAAGCUGGUGCUAAAGGAAGGCGUGCCUGUGAUGUUACUUCGCAAUAUAGACCAUCGUAACGGGUUAUGCAAUGGAACAAGAUUGAGGGUAACAAGAUUAGGGAAGCAUGUCAUUGAAGCAGAAGUGAUAUCUGGCAACAACAUUGGAUACAAAACAUACAUCCCAAGAAUGAAACUAAUACCGUCAGAUCAAAGAAUCCCGUUCAAGUUUCAUAGACGACAAUUUCCGUUGGUCGUUUCUUUCGCAAUGACAAUAAACAAAAGUCAAGGCCAAUCUUUAUCAACCGUGGGUUUGUAUCUACAACGACCAGUUUUCACGCACGGAGAAUUGUAUGUUGCAAUCUCUCGGGUGAAGUCGAAAAAGGGUCUCAAGGUGUUGAUAUGCGACAAAGACGGGAAGCCUAAAAGCAAUACAACGAAUGUCGUCUACAAAGAAGUGUUGCAAAAGAUGAACGACGAUACGUCCUUUUGA